AUGUCAUCACAGGGAGAACAUUUGGUUAUCGUCGGUGCUGGUAUUAUCGGUAUCACCAUUGCACAUCAAUUACUGCUUCAAGAUGCAGACGAAAACAAUUUCAACAAGAUUACAUUUGUGGCAAACCACUUCCCUCACGACCAACCGCUGUCUCAUGACUAUACCUCACCUUGGGCAGGUGCACAUUUCAGACCGUUUCCUCAUAAGAAAGACACAUAUGAGUCCGACAAAAGAGAAUCAGGGUAUACUCGUGUCACUUACAAGUUCUUCCAGGAUUUGGUUAAAACCCAUCCUGAAUCUACCAUUGAGUUCAUGAUGGGUGUCGAUUGGUUAGAGGAUCCCACCCCAGAAUACGAAAAUUUGGGACCUGGGUAUCAAAAUGAUGGUAUUUUAACCUUUACAAAAUUGCCAAAGGAGCAAUUACCCAAGGGAAUCCAAUUUGGAUGUGAGUACACCACUUACUGUCUUAAUGCUCCUAAAUAUUUGAAUUUCUUAGUGGAUCAAAUAAAGAAGGUUUCUCUGGACAAGAACAUCGAAUUGAAUUGGGUGAGGACCAAGGGACCUCUCUCCUCCUUGAAGCAGGUAAGGUCAUUGCUUCCCGAUGGAGAUAAGCUCCUGUAUAUGAUUAAUGCUACAGGCCAAGGCUUGCAAUACGAUGGUGGAUUGGAUCCAGCAUCAUAUCCGAUUAGAGGCCAAACUUUAUUAGUCAAUGCACCGGAGGACCCCAAUAAGAUUAAGUUUGCUCAUGAAACAGUGACUCACCAAGGAAAAGACGGGUCAUGGACUUUUGUCAUUAAGAGACCAACACCCAAGCGGGACCCUGACGAGAAGGAAUUUCCACAGUAUAUCCUGGGUGGUACCAAGCAGCCUGGUGCCACAGAUAGCACAAUUAGAAACGAAGACACUGAAGGGCUGAUUAGUAGAGCGAGAGUAUUAUAUCCUGAACUAGUGUCUCCUGAGGGUAACAUUGAUAUAGUAAAGGUGAAUGUUGGUUUUAGACCAGGUAGGAAGGGCGGCAGCAGAGUCGAAUGUGAAAGGAUCGACGGAUUAAAGAUUGUUCAUGCUUAUGGUAUCGCUGGUAUGGGGUAUGAAGCCUCAGUGGGGAUGUCACAACAUGUGUUGCAGCUCUUGCAUGAAUGCACCUAA